CGAACAACGACGUCGCUACGGACAGGUGGUGUUUACGAUAGAAGUAUCUAGUAUGUCUCCUUCUUUUGAGACGAGUAGUAAGUAGCUUUUGUAUCAGGAUAUUUUACUCGAGAAAAACCAUUCAGAUGAUGUAUUUUAAUUAUUAAGCGCUCUUAACAAGUUGACUGCCACGACUUUUGUACAUAAUUUUAUACGAAACACUUUUCUGGAAAAUGUUGCACAAAAUAGGUAUACUAGAAAUGGAACACCUAGUUGUCUUCUUUGCUCUUAAGAAUGCCAAGUCUUCUUCGCUACCCUUCUUCAUCGUUCCAUAGAUGUAAAAAGUAAAAUGGUUAGAUUAGGUUGCACAAAUGAUUUCAUGGUGUCUCGAAUGCGUUCUGUUUUCUCCUUCUAGAUUUUUGACAGGUCUGAUUAAUAAUAAAAUGGCUACUAAAGUGUUUUAGAAUUGCUUUUUAUUAAGUUUGGAGGACUUGACGAGAGUCACUGAUUUAGGCUCCAGUCUUACGAAGGAUAAGAAUAGGUUUUGAAUGAUGACAAUGAUAAAUUUGAUCCUCGUUUGUACUUAUUACUUUACUGUGAAGAUCACACUUCCUGUACCAAAAUGUCUCGACAGAUAUACUUGAAUCAAAGUCAAUUGAUCGUUUAUGAGACAAAGAAUAUUUACCUUCAGAUAUUUAAAAAGCGAGAUACAAAGUGGUGGGGGUUGUACUUGAGUAGCCUGGAACGAGUAGUUGCAAGUUAACAGCAGAAAAAAAUAAGUAGGUGUUCUGGUUCUGCUUAAUUGCCCCCUGUAUGUAUUUCAAUAGAAUUUUUGCCUGUUUAUUUCAUCCCCAGAAAGAAAUGUUAAACAUUUUAAACGAUUGUACUAGUUUACCAAAAUAUCGGUCUGGUGGUCAACACAGAACAAUAUAUAUCAUCGCACACAUGUAUAUCGUUGUAAUUACCGCGUUCAGUCAGAUUUUUUUCAUGUUUUAUAAGCUGUUAUUUACACAAUGAUAAUUAUAAGCAUAAAGCACCGGCAUUUUUUAAUCUAGCGACAGUCUAGUAUCUUCUUGUGAUCAAAGGGGUAUAAGUGCAAAUAUUGAAUACUCGAAAUAAGAUUUAAUUUGUUAUAUUGUAGAAUGAUUAUGAAAUAGUUGAUAAGAGUGUAUAAAUCGGCAUUGCAAUCUUACGAACCGUUUUGUAAUAAAUCAUCGAUAAAUUAAGAAGAGAGGUUCAUCGACACUCGAGUAAUGUAUAAAAUAUAUUCUAACGUAUAUUUUUCUCUGAGGAUGUGCCUCGAGUUUAUUUUGUUUCAUUAAUCAAUUAUCAGUGUAAUAAAAGAUAACCCUACGAUCUCUUAAUUCGAAAGGUGCCAUGAUAUGACAGGAAGUUACGAACGAACGAAGUUUGAUAAAGUUAAAUAGGAGGAUUGUACUAUAAGUAAAGGGAACUAAUGUGAAAUUAUGAAAAUGGAACGACGGAACGAAAUUUUUUGCAUGAUUUUCUUUUAUCUUUUAAUAUUCUGGAAUCAUUCGCUGAAUGUGCUAAAAUGAAACUUAUUUUAUUUCGAUGCAUUGUACUCUGUCAUAUGGUUUAAUAAAGACCAGAAGCGUUAAUUAUACAAUUAUUUUAUGUUUCAUUAACGUCGUAAAUCUAAAAUAGAUCAUAACAACAACGCCCAUAUUUUGUUAAUUUCACAUCUUGUAACGUGUUCAUGUAAUUUUUCAUGUAAUUAUAAGUUCUCAAAAUCGUUAAGGCUAACAAGUGCAAGAUUAUUUGCUUGUUUCAAUAAAUUUAUUUUUUGAAUCCUCUUUCCAUUCUUUUAACUCGUUAUAGUGAUUUAAAAAAAUUAUUCCACAUAUUCUAUUUACAUAUCAUUACAACAACUUGAAUAAAAAAUUACCGAGCUAAACUGAAGUUUCUAUCUUCAUCUAUCUAAUUGGCACAAUGUACAUUCGUCAAAAAUACUUGUCUAUCGAAACAGGUAAUAAAAUCCAAUUCAUUGAUUGCAAUCAAAAUAUCAUUACAGUUCAAAAUACAUUACAAAUUCGAGUAAAUGAUUUUUAUUCGACCCAUAGUUCAGCACCGAGCUACAAGUACUUGACGAAAUCAGUCUCGAACAGUGGCCACGCUGAGUACUUAACACUCUCUCGAAGAAGAAAGAAGAGGAAACGAAUAUCUACGGAUCCAGGAAGUACGAGAAUCGUCGUCGUACCGUCGUCGCAGGAAUGUACGACGGAAAAGUCAGUAUCGUCGCCUACGAUCGUAACAGAGGACGAGCGUUUCGUGAAGCGGGAACACGAAAUAUCGGGGGGUCUCUGUUUCGACGCAGAGACGAUCGAGAACUCGUCGUCGAUCAAAAACGAAACCGAGGAAACGUCGAGGGAGGGGACAGUGCCCGAGGAGACUCAUCUCGCGGGACAGUUCUCGCCUCAGACGUUUUAUCAAUGUGAAAUGUGUACAAAGCUUUUCAGGACAAGGAACCUUUACGAAGGCCAUUUAGUUUCUCACAGCGACGCGCGUCCCUAUCAGUGCGACAUAUGCGAGAAGUCCUUCAAGAGGACGAACACGCUCGCCGUCCACAGGAGGAUCCACACUCGUGAGAGGAACUUCGUCUGCGACGUUUGCGGCCACGCUUUCGUCCAAGCUUUCCAACUGACCACCCAUCAGAGACGUCACUUCGAGAGGUACACCAGGUACUGCGAUGUCUGCAAAAAAGGAUUCUUCACGAACGCCGAGCUCCACGGCCACAUGAACAUGAAGCACGGCGCCAAGGAGCACGUCUGCCAUUCUUGCAACAAAUCAUUCCCGAACAAUCACACCCUCGUGAAGCAUUUGAUGGUCCACGAUCCUAACUUCAAGCCUGUGAAACAUCAGUGCGAGUUUUGUGGCAAGACCUUCGUCUACAAGAACUCGUUGGUGUUCCACGUCAAGUCCCACAUGGGCGAGAACAAACACGACUGCCAUCUCUGUGGUAAAUCCGUGUCCUCCAAAGGAUCGCUGCAGGAUCAUCUGCGACUGCACAGCGGUGAGAAAUUGCUAAUGUGCGACGUCUGCGGGAAAGCGUUUCGUAAAAGGAGCACCCUGGUGGUUCACAAACGCACCCACACAGGGGAGAAGCCAUACACCUGCGACACUUGCGGAAAAUCGUUCACGCAGCACUCCACGCUGGUCAUUCACAAACGUUAUCACACUGGGCAGAGACCCUAUCGGUGCAACUGUUGCACGAAAUCGUUCGUCUCUAGGUCUUCCUUGAACGCUCACAGUAAAAUCCACGCGGUGAACGCUGUCAUCGAGCAAUCGGAUUGACAUUUAGUUUCCUAGUGUACAGUGACUUCAAGCAACUUUUUAAUAAUUGUCUCGAAACAUGCAAAGUGAUCGCGAUAAGCGGAACACUGAGUUGACUGAAAUUUUUAUCUACGAUGUGAGAAAUAUGCCAAAUGUAUGUUUGGUUGGGAAAUUGCAGUCGUAAUGGUUAUGAUUGAUAUUUUAUAACGAUUUUUUGUUAAUAUAAUGAAGCUGGUUAGUCUGAACCUACAUGUCUCUCUUAUAGCUUUCUUAUUAUGCUUUGGUCAACUUCUGUAGUGACUGUGAGAUAGUUUGAAGAACCACUUUUUGUUUAUAUUUUAUAGGGGAAAGUGACAAUUUAUUCGAUGGUGUUUAACGACUUUGUGAAAUAAUCGUAGUGGUGAAGUAUUCUUUUUGUUCUCGUACAUUUUUUAAUUCUUACCAAAGUUGACCUAGAGUCACUAGUUGUAAACUACUCGUCAUGACCACUGCGACUCGAAUUUACGUUACUUUUAAGCAAAUUAAAAAGAUUCGAAUUUUGUACGCUACAGUCUUACCUGAUCGUAAAUGUAUCUUAGUUCUUCGUCGCAUAAUCAUGCCUGUUUUUAGACUUCGUGCAUCUAACGUGCAGCAAUCGUGAACUUCCAUUCCUCCGAAAUUAUAGGUUGCUCGUUUCGAUGUACCAUAAUUAUUCGCGAAGCUUCAGUACGUUACUGUAGAUAAUUUUAAUAACAGAGAAGCGAGCGAAUAUCCACGUGCAAUGUAAACCAUGUAUGAACAUAAUAUUUUUCCAAUUUACUUUAUCGUCGUGGCAUAUGUAAAAUUUUGUUAAAUAAAAGAACUGUUUGAUAUCGUCCAAAUACGAACGCUGAGUUAUUGGAAAUGUAAUUUGCUCCAAGGAGAUAAAGCACCAUCUUCGUCGCCGAUAU